AUGGAAUCGCCCAACUCUUCGGGUCUCUCCCGACCCUCCUCCUCAAUUCCGACCCAGCCUGAGAAUCGCGUGAACAAGGCCAAUCGCAGCACCUUCGCAGCCAAAUACAACCGAAAGAUGUUGGACUGGCUCGGGAAGCAGCUGGCGAAGAAUCCUGAGGCUGACAUCAUCAAUCUUCUUUCGUCCACGUACUCAGCGGAACUGCAAGAGCACAUAUCUUCAGCGAUUGCCCCGCCGAUCUCAACGAAUGGAACUUCGGACUCCAAACCUUCUCUCCCGGCGAAGGACAUCCGCUCGAGGCUUAAUAUCGCCGCUUCAUCGACCAUUAUUUGUGAGCUGUCCGCAGAAGUAGAGGAACUCUUUCGACCCUAUGAGGACCUCUCAGCCGGGCUUGUGAGCCUGCUGUCCGAGAGCGAUGUUCUCUACGAAAGCAGUUGGGCAGCAUCCGUCAUGGUCUUUCGGCUAAGCGAGAACAUUGUCGUAAAGAUCACAGGCGACAAAACGUCUCCUGUGAAUGAACACCAGUCGCUAGGCUACCUUCAACAGCAUCUACCCGCUUUCCCUGCCCCGAGGCCACACGGUGUCAUACGCCACAACAAGCAUACCCUGCUUUUCACGAGCUUGGUUCCGGGCAUCACCUUGGAGAAGAUGUGGCCUCAACUCGACAAGGCGGGAAAGCACAACAUCAGCUCCCAGCUUGACACCCUGCUGUCUACGCUGAGGUCGCUUCCCCACCCGGAGGACGCUCCACUAGGUGGUGUGCAGGGGGGCGGUGUUAAAGAUACGAGGCGAUUUGUUCGUCGCAGCCCUGAGCAAAUCAUGGAUGUCAGGCAAUUCGAAGACUUCAUCUUCGCCGGGUCCAAGACCGCAUCGCCCCUCUACACUGACAUCUUGCGCGGUCUGAUGCCAGCUUCGCCAGCCAAGUGCGUCUUCACACAUGGCGACAUCCGCCCGGCGAAUAUCAUGGUGUCCCGAAGCGAAGAUGGAACCUUACGGGUUGAGGGCAUCAUUGAUUGGGAGUCGAGUGGCUUCUAUCCCGAAUACUGGGACUGCGUGAAGGCAACAAACAACCUGACACCAAGUGACAAGUUUGAUUGGUAUCACUUCCUGCCGGAGCCUAUAUCCUCAAAGCAGUACCCCUUGCAAUGGUUGAUUGAUAGACUGUGGGACCGAAAUCUUGUGAAUAGCUAG